GUUGACCUGUCUCCCUUUUUCGCCAUUCUUUUUGCUUACAGUUCGAACACUGACUUCUAGUCUAGCGUUCUGCCACAGAAGCGCUUUUUCAGUACCUAAUUGCGUCAUGUCUACACUCGCCGCCAACGGGUAACAAUUUGUUCCGUCUCCUGGCACCGAAAUUCUAUGCUCCUCGGUCUGAGUCGCUUUGCAGUCCCAGUAGCAUGUCACGUCUGCCACCGAACGACGGCAACUCAGUGCUGCACAUGACUCGGAUAUGUUGACACUGUCUGAGCGAUUUGCCGGCGAACAUCCCGGUGUAGUCAAACAAGAAAACGCCGUCCCUCGUCUCGCGCUGCCUCAGAAACAUUCUCUGUGUUCGGUCUUGAAAUGACCGGUCUCUCAGUCCGCACAAAGCGUGGAUGCGUUCGACCAAGCUGCGAAAGCACUGUUGGGUGUGGGGUGACCAACUGGGAACUGUCAACUUUCCGUGCCACUGCACGUGCGCUGUUCAGUGCCAAAGGGGAAUGCCGCGAGCCUUUGCCGACGUUUCGCUGAUUGGUGGAGCGGCUCGGGGUAACUCCGUCCUGCCUUUUCGCCUAUUCGUGUUGCGUCGCUGCCCUCGCUCAAAUGGUAACUGGCGGAAUAUGGCGUCCCGACUCCCUCCCGCUUUACAGCCGAAGCGGCGUCAGCUCGGGCAACGCGAGUGGCUCUCUUCCCAACUACAGCCGCAAGUCCAGCUCAAGUGCGGAUGGUACCCAGCAGAAACUGAACAGCUCUCGCGGUGGACAACCCACGAGGAAAAGGGGGAAGCGACGGAGGCGGCUAAGCCGAACAGGCCGCUUCGUUGUUGUGAUCUUACUGCUGCUCGUCUGCCUUUGGCUGGUGGUUUUGUGGAGGUGGAUGGCAGUUCCAGCCACAUCUUCCCAGUCUGGAGACUUGCACGUCGUGCUAGACCAGCAAUCCGCUGGAGCUAGGGAGCCGGUGCCUCCUGUCUCAAGUGACGAGGCACCUGUGGUGGAUAAACCGGACAACGAAGGCGAUCCUCAGAGCCGUGCAGAACGAGGCAUCGAUGAGAAGGUACCGACGGUUCACAAAACUUCAGUUGUCAAGCCCGAGGUAGUCGCUCCUGCUGCAGGCGGGCAGGCAGCGGUCGGGUCGCCUGCUGCACCCAGUGCUAGCACCACCUCGAGUUCGUCGCCUUCUCCAGGUUCGCAAGAGGCCUCCGCGUCCCAAGAAGCGGUAGACGGGGAACCAGGCGCGACAGAAGAGACGAAGGAAUCGUCGCACAAAGACAGCGUCCCUCCACAAAGCACGCCGGACAUGUCUCAGACGCCUCCUUCCGUGAGUGAGCUGAAAGACACGGAGACAGCGACACCGAAACCGAGUGUCGCUUCAAGCGUCCCUGCGCCUGAGAGUACCUUCGCGACCGAAAGCCCUCUAUCGGGGGAGCAGCAGGGAGCUCCGAAGAGUGACUUAGAAGCGCAUGCACCAACUCUACCGGAAUCGUCGGAUCUCUCAACUGCGAGUGAGUCCAAGGUGAAAAGCCGGGUAUCUCCUUUGGAAACGUCACCGGAGCAGAAGCCAGCGAGUCGUGUGGAAAACCGGGAGAGUCAGAAGGGUAUGAGCGAUGCGGCUGAAGGCGACCAACGAAGGAAGGUGGACACCGAGGGCGCAGGCGCAGUCGAACACGGCGUCCCAGUCAAAGACGCACACUCCGAAGCAGAGGGGAACAGACAGAAGGAGAUACGAGAGGCUGCAGGAGUGCGAGCGCGGCAAGUGGACAACCGGGCGCUAGCGUCGGAGAGGAGGGAACAACUUGUGAUGGCCUCCGAACCGGCUGUUGGAGCAGGCGCUUCAAGGCAAGCGAGGAAGGGAAGGGACGCAGGUCAAGAAAAAAGAGCCGCGGCGCAUGCACGCGAGUUCCGGGUUGAGAGAGUGCAUGCUGAAGAACACGCUUCCCGUCGAGCGGCGUCAUUGACUGCCGCCCGGCGUGAACCGCAAGUGUCAGGGGUCCAUCCUCAAGCCAGCGAACGCGCAGUGAGAGCUGCGAAGGCGGACCAUUGGGGACUCGGACAACUCGAUCAAUUCUCGGAGGAAGAAAGUGACGAAGAUUUGAUCCCGGAGUGGCCGCGUCCUUCAGAUCCCCGAGGCUUAGUGCCAGAGGGCCCUGGGCUGGGAGACGCACGUCACGACUCGUACAGAAUGCAGCCUAAGGGAAGAGUGGAUGAGGUCCCGCAGAGGCGCUGGUCCCCGGUUUUCUCAGAGGAGAGAGAGUCUAUCGCUGCGUCCGAGCUGAAGCGCGCGCCGUCCCGGGGGGCGCCCUUCGUAGGCAUCCGUGGCCGCAACCCAGUGGGGGGCGUUCUAACAGAAGGUGCCUUCGGGGGUGCACGACAGGGGCGACACGAGCGUUUUGCAGCUCCAGGGAUGGUCUUGCCGAACACUCCGCAUUCUAACGGAGGCCGGCCCUUCAAUGAGUGGGAGCCGCAGGGUGUCUAUGGAGUCGGAGCGCAGAGGCGGUUCCAUGAGAACUACGGACCGGAAGCGACACCCAAGCGACUCGAGUUCAGGGUACCAACAGUCAGGCCCGGUUUUGUGCGCGGCGAAGUGGCGGACGCAGAGGCUGUGAAUCGGGCGACAGCGCAUGCGUUUUGGGCUGCGCAAAACCCUCAGAAUGCCGGGGUUGUCCGAAGAGAACGCCCUUGGGUCGAUGAGGGUCUGUCCACACCUAACAAGGCGCCGUUCUACGCUCACGACAGGAGCCACUUCCCAGUCGAAGAGGAAGAAAGCGACAGUGAACCGUCGAGGCAAGGGGAAAUGGCGCUGCCAGUCGCCACCCGAGCGCCCGAGCGCACUAACUUCGAGCCCCCUGUUCAACAAAGAGAGGCAGCUCCGCAGGCUCUCGAAGGGGCAGAACGGCCAGGGAAACACAGGUCACGGCAGGGGGAAGGCAACCUCAAAGGUCACGUGUGGGGGUGGAAGUAAGGCGGUUAAAAGAACAGAUCCUUCCCAAUCUCGGUGGUGCCUGAAGCGGCGCCGGAGACUCCGAAAAGGUGGAGUGAGCAGCUGUAGACGAGUGCAAGUGGUUCCCCGUCAGACGCUACAGCAGAAGGGCUGUGGUUCUUAUUUUUGUUGGGACGUAGUUUACAGUGAUCUACAGAGCUCGUACGCUGAAUUAUAAAACAGUCUAUCCCCCUACGCACGUGCGGAGGGUUCACCGAGACUGACCGCGUCCUGUAUUUGUGAAGUGGAUUCCUUAACGUGCCCAAUGGAGGAGGGUGAUUCCUGAGUCCCGAUUCUAUGGAAUAGGAAUUUUUGUUCCCACAGGCAUUUUGGGAGUCGUGUGACAUACUGGAGUUAAUGCACUAUGAGCCGCC